CCGACUGUGCUAAGGCUGUUGGCUCAACACGCAGAGACAGAGACAGGGGCAGACCCAGAGAGAGUGAGAGAAGCGGGGUCCUCCCUGACCCAAGGAAUUACCACUAGCGGAGUGAAACAACCUGAGUUUUUGGUCUUAUUUUGGUCGCCUCCUCUUUCUCCUUCCACCCGUCGCCCUGCCAGCUUGGGUUUCAUUUCUUUCGUGGAGCCUCAUCUCUGCCUCCCAGAAAAGGAGGAAGGGACGAGAAGGGAGAGAGGUGGGCUCCGUAGGUGAGCGUGUCAGCUGGCUCCCGCCUGAACGGACGGGAAUUCUCUUCCCAGGAAGCUCCUCUGGCUCCCGGCCGCCCACCCCCAGCCCGGGUGGCCGCAUCAUUCCACCUGCAGAAAGGGCAGAUCUCUGUUGGAGUUAGAAAUAAAGGGUGCAUUAAAGAGAAAACUGGAAGAAAGCGUCAGAAGAGAUUCCCACAACUCCAUGCUGUGUGCUGCAAACUGGUCUUGAACCCAGAGCUCUGGCUGAGAGGAUGGGGGCAGAUGGGGAAACAGUGGUUCUGAAAAACAUGCUCAUUGGCGUCAACCUGAUCCUUCUGGGCUCCAUGCUCAAGCCCUCAGAGUGUCAGCUGGAGGUCACCACAGAAAGGGUCCAGAGACAGGCAGUGGAGGAGGAAGGAGGUGUUGCCAGCUACAACUCAUCCAGCAAAGAGCAGCCCGUGGUCUUCAACCACGUGUACAAUAUUAACGUGCCCCUGGACAGCCUCUGCUCCUCCGGGCUGGAGGCCUCUGCUGAGCAGGAGGUGAGCGCUGAAGAUGAGACUCUGGCAGAGUACACAGGCCAGACCUCGGACCACGAGAGCCAGGUCACCUUCACUCAUAGGAUCAACCUCCCCAAAAAGGCCUGCCCAUGUGCCAGCUCCGCCCAAAUGCUGCAGGAGCUGCUGAGCCGGAUCGAGAUGCUGGAGAGGGAGGUGUCGGUGCUGCGGGACCAGUGCGGUGCCAACUGCUGCCAAGAAAGUGCGGCCACAGGACAACUGGACUAUAUCCCUCACUGCAGUGGCCAUGGCAACUUUAGCCUUGAGUCCUGUGGCUGCAUCUGCAAUGAAGGCUGGUUUGGCAAGAACUGCUCAGAGCCCUACUGCCCACUGGGUUGCUCCAGCCGGGGUGUGUGUGUGGACGGCCAGUGCAUCUGUGACAGUGAAUACAGUGGGGAUGACUGCUCCGAACUCCGGUGCCCGACAGACUGCAGCUCCCGGGGACUCUGCGUGGAUGGGGAGUGUGUCUGUGAAGAGCCCUACACUGGCAAGGACUGCAGGGAGCUGAGGUGCCCUGGGGACUGUUCAGGGAAGGGGACAUGCUCCAAUGGCACCUGUUUAUGCCAGGAGGGAUAUGCUGGUGAGGACUGCAGCCAGCGGCGGUGUCUGAAUGCCUGCAGUGGGCGAGGACACUGUGAGGAGGGACUCUGCAUCUGUGAAGAGGGCUACCAGGGCCCUGACUGCUCAGCAGUUGCCCCUCCAGAGGACUUACGAGUGGCUGGUAUCAGCGACAGGUCCAUUGAGCUGGAAUGGGACGGGCCGAUGGCAGUGACGGAAUAUGUGAUCUCUUACCAGCCGAUGGCCCUGGGGGGCCUCCAGCUCCAGCAGCGGGUGCCUGGAGAUUGGAGUGGUGUCACCAUCACAGAGCUGGAGCCAGGUCUCACCUACAACAUCAGCGUCAACGCUGUCAUUAGCAACAUCCUCAGCCUUCCCAUCACUGCCAAGGUGGCCACUCAUCUCCCCACCCCUCAAGGGCUACAAUUCAAGAUGAUCACAGAGACCACCGUGGAAGUGCAGUGGGAGCCCUUCUCAUUUCCCUUCGAUGGGUGGGAGAUCAGCUUCAUCCCAAAGAACAAUGAAGGUGGAGUGAUUGCUCAGGUGCCCAGUGAUGUCACGUCCUUUAACCAGACAGGACUGAAGCCUGGGGAGGAGUACAUUGUCAACGUGGUGGCUCUCAAAGAACAGGCCCGGAGCCCCCCCACCUCGGCCAGUGUCUCCACUGUCAUUGAUGGGCCCACACAGAUCCUGGUUCGAGAUGUCUCCGACACUGUGGCUUUUGUGGAGUGGACACCACCUCGAGCCAAAGUGGAUUUCAUUCUGUUGAAAUAUGGGCUGGUGGGCGGAGAAGGCGGGAAGACCACCUUCCGGCUGCAGCCACCGCUGAGCCAGUACUCGGUGCAGGCUCUGCGUCCAGGCUCCCGCUACAGGGUGUCAGUCAGCGCAGUCCGAGGGACCAACGAGAGCGACUCCACCACCACCGAGUUCACAACAGAGAUUGAUGCCCCCAAGAACUUGCGAGUUGGUUCCCGCACGGCCACCAGCCUUGACCUUGAGUGGGACAACAGUGAGGCAGAGGUUCAGGAAUACAAGGUUGUAUACAGCACCCUGGCGGGAGAGCAAUACCAUGAAAUGCUGGUCCCCAAGGGCCUUGGCCCAACCACCAGGGCCACCCUCACAGAUCUGGUACCUGGCACCGAGUACGGAGUUGGAAUAUCUGCCAUCAUGGACUUGCAGCAAAGUGUGCCGGCCACCAUGAACGCCAGGACUGAACUUGACAGUCCCAGAGACCUCAUGGUGACGGCCUCCUCAGAGACUUCCAUCUCCCUCAUCUGGACCAAGGCCACUGGCCCCAUUGACCACUACCGAAUCACCUUUACACCAUCCUCUGGGAUCACCUCAGAGGUCACUGUGCCCAAGGACAGGACCUCAUACACGUUGACAGAUCUGGAGCCUGGGGCAGAGUACAUCAUUUCCGUCACUGCUGAGAGGGGUCGGCAGCAAAGCUUGGAGUCCACUGUGGAUGCCUUCACAGGCUUCCGCCCCAUCUCCCACUUGCACUUUUCUCACGUGACCUCCUCUAGUGUGAACAUCACUUGGAGCGACCCAUCUCCCCCAGCAGACAGACUCAUUCUCAACUAUAGUCCCAGGGAUGAGGAGGAGGAGAUGACGGAGGUGUCCCUAGAUGCCACCAAGAGGCAUGCUGUGCUGACAGGCUUGCAGCCAGCCACAGAGUAUAUCGUGAACCUGAUGGCUGUCCAUGGCACAGUAACCUCUGAGCCCAUCAUGGGCUCCAUCACCACAGGAAUCGAUCCCCCCAAAGACAUCACAAUUAGCAACGUGACCAAGGACGCAGUGAUGGUCUCCUGGAGCCCUCCUGCUGCACCUUUUGAUUACUACCGAGUGUCAUAUCGACCUACCCAAGUGGGACGACUAGACAGCUCGGUGGUGCCCAACACUGUGACGGAAUUCACCAUCACCAGGCUGUUUCCCGCUACCGAGUAUGAGAUCAGCCUCAACAGCGUGCGGGGCCGGGAGGAGAGUGAGCGCAUCUGCACGCUGGUGCAUACAGCCAUGGACAAUCCUGUGGAUCUGGUUGCUACCAACAUCACUCCGACGGAAGCCCUGCUGCGGUGGAAGGCACCGGUGAGUGAAGUGGAGAACUACGUCAUCGUUCUCACACACUUCGCAGUUGCUGGAGAGACCAUCCUGGUUGAUGGAGUCAGUGAGGAAUUCCAGCUUAUGGACCUGCUUCCCAGGACCCACUAUACUGUCACCAUGUAUGCCACCAGUGGGCCUCUCACCAGUGGCACCAUCAGCACCAACUUCUCCACCCUUCUGGACCCUCCUGCAAACCUGACGGCCAGUGAAGUCACCAGACAAAGUGCUCUGAUCUCCUGGCAGCCUCCCCGGGCAGAGAUUGAAAACUACAUCUUGACCUACAAAUCUGCCGAUGGAAGCCGCAAGGAGCUGAUCGUGGAUGCAGAGGACACCUGGAUCCGGCUGGAGGGCCUGUCAGAGAGCACAGACUACACGGUGCUCCUGCAGGCAGCCCAAGAUGCCUCGUGGAGCAGCAUCACAACCACCGCCUUCACCACAGGGGGCCGGGUAUUCCCUCAUCCUCAAGACUGUGCCCAGCAUUUGAUGAAUGGAGACACUCUGAGUGGGGUCUACACCAUCUUCCUCAAUGGGGAGCUGAGCCAGAAGUUGCAAGUGUACUGCGAUAUGAACACCGAUGGGGGAGGCUGGAUUGUAUUCCAGAGGCGGCAGAAUGGCCAAACUGAUUUUUUCCGGAAAUGGGCUGAUUACCGUGUUGGCUUUGGGAACCUGGAAGAUGAGUUUUGGCUGGGGCUGGACAACAUCCACAGGAUCACGUCACAGGGCCGCUACGAGCUGCGCGUGGACAUGCGGGAUGGCCAGGAAGCUGUCUUUGCCUACUAUGACAAGUUCUCCGUCGAGGACAGCAGAAGUCUGUUCAAGCUCCGCAUAGGCAUCUACAAUGGCACGGCAGGGGACUCCCUCAGCUACCACCAGGGACGCCCAUUCUCCACAGAGGACAGAGACAAUGAUGUUGCAGUUACCAACUGUGCCAUGUCAUACAAGGGAGCUUGGUGGUACAAGAACUGCCACCGGACCAACCUCAAUGGGAAGUACGGGGAGUCCAGGCACAGUCAGGGGAUCAACUGGUACCACUGGAAAGGCCACGAGUUCUCUAUCCCCUUUGUGGAAAUGAAGAUGCGACCCUACAACCACCGUCUCACAGCGGGGAGGAAACGCCGGUCCUUACAGUUCUGAGCAGUGGGGAGCCAACAACCAACCAAUUUUUUUCGUCAUUUGUUUGUAUUUUAUAAUAUGAAAUAAGGGGGGGUAAGGUAACAGUAAUAUGAUUUACAACAUAUUAAGAGUAUCUGAAGGAAGCAGGGAUAGAGCAGGAAUCUAUCGGCUACCAUCUGCUCUUGGUUUCUGCUGCCCUGAAGCCUAACCCUCAGCCUCCAUUCUGCCUCCAUUUACCUCCUUUUCCAUGGGGAGGGGGGUAAGUGGGACGUUUUCUUAAGAGAACAAUUCAAAGGAAGUGGUGGAGUGCAGAUUGUCAUGGUGACAGGCACACAUCUUUUUCUACUCUUCUUCUGAGAUGUCCUUUAUCUUCCAGGUCAUUCAUAAUCUGGCCAUUGCUUUCAAUGACCAUGUUCCCACAUCAGCCCAGAAAAGAAGCCCCAGCAAGAGAGCUUUGCCAAUAGCCCCCAUUAAGAGAAAGCAGAUCAACAGCAUUCUGUCUCAAUAACCCAAGUUCUUUUUAAUAGGCCAAAGCUUCUCAAUUUCUGACAUCCUUGCUCUUACCAGCUGAGUGUCCUAUUACCUUGCAAGAGAUAGUGGCUCUGCUCCAUCCCCAAGAGACUCCUUGCCUAAUUCCACUCUAUAUUAGACCCAGAGCCCCUCAAGCCACCCUCCCCCCACUGUUCGGGAAUCUAGUUCCCAAGGUAUUGCCUGCUCCUGGCACUAGGUUGCACAGUGGGCUAUAAGCCAAUGCCCCCACCCUCAGGUCAAACAGUAACCUUCUAAGGAAGUUGGAGGGAGAAAUAGUUGUUAGGUUUGAAGAAAGGGCAGAAAAAUUCAGGGCACCUGCCACAAAUGUUACAGGUCCUAUAAGCAACAAAAACCUUACUCAGUUUCAUUUUAUCCAUUUCUGGUCCUAUCCGGUCCUAUUUACCAUAGUUUUGUUCUGGUGUUUUGUUUUGUUUUUUUCUGAAUUGCAAACUGAAUGCCUUAUCUCUGUCUUCUGUAAAUCUCUCCUUAGUGUGGAUAGCUUAUUAAGAGUUAUAUGCCCAGCUAGUCCUUCCCCUGACCAGUAAUCCUAAAAAGAGAUGGAAUUUUUGGUUGGGGGGAAUAACUUUUCUCCCUUUUGGUCCUAUGAGAAACAGAAAUGACCCCCUUCAUGAGAUGAGAUCAUGGCAAGCCUUUCUCCAUCUCCUUUUAUUAUUCUGCCUUUGAGAGGAAAAAUGAAAAGUGUCAGAGGAAAUUACAUGCAGAGAGCCAAAGGCGAACAGGGGAGGACUGUGGGCCUACCUCCCAUUUAUGGGAUGUGCGUCUUCAUGAGCAUGAUUUGAUUUUUAAUCCCAAGAGACCUGGAGGCUCUAGAAGCCAUGACCCUUCAACUUCUCCAAAUGAACUGUCAGGAGCAGCCAUCCCUCCCUGCAGCACCCAAACUAGCUGCCUUCUCCUCUUCCUCUCCCGUCCCUUAAGGCCCCAGUUCUGUUACCUGUAGAGACCAUGUUUGUCAAAAUGGGGCCUUUUGUACCUUUACCAGCCAGUCACUAAAUGAGCCUGACUCAGCAAUUUUCUGAUGGAAACAUCCACACUCUAACUAAACUUUGAAAACCAGGAAGGGACAGGCCUUCAGGCCAACCAUCACACCUGUGACAUUGUGGGGAUGAAGUCAGCCUGCCAUUUGCAGCAGGGAUGCUCCCUUAAGCAGGCUCCAAGGCUCUGUCCACUGCUGUGCUGUGAAUGUGACUGGUAUACCCAAAGCUGAAAAAUGUAGGUGGCUUUUUCAUUUCUCAAUUCAAAAAACGAGGAGGAAGAAGAAACAGAAGCAAAUCCUUUCAAGAAGUCUGUAAAUUAAAUAAGAUCUAGCUAGAGAGUGGCAAUAAAUAGUAGGAUACAUACUAAAGAAGGGACUUGGGGGCCACAUUAUAGGUCGGCUGCUGCCAUUUUGUUCACUGUAUGAUAUUGGAUGGGUUGUUUCACCUCUCUGGGCCUCAGUUUCCUCAUUCCUUAGACUAGAAUGAUUUCUAACUUCCCUUUCUGUUUUGACAGUCAACAAAGCUAGUCUAUGAUCUGAAAACCUGAGCAGAAAUUGACAUUGGUGAGAGAGCACAAUUAAGUAAUGAAAAUUCACCAGGAACCCUGUUUUAUGAAACAGAGAAAGAGAUUCAGAAGUCAUAAGUAAAACCCACACACACAAGAAAACAUUUCAGAAAAGAUAAAGCCAAGCAUAUGCCUGAACUCCUUUUGUCUAUAAAAGCAGAGCCCAGGGACCUGGGUGGCUCCAGCACAGCCCACUUCAUCAAGGGAACUGAAACGGAAAAAGAUUAUGUGUUGUCAAUUCAGGUGAAAGUCAAGAAACAUCAGUGGAAAGCAAAACCUGCUUUUUAUUGGAACCAUUUUACCCCAUGGAACCUUUUUAUAAAUAGCAUCAGCAACAUUGCCUAGAUUCAUUUUAAAGGACUUCAGAGAUCAGCUCACUCAACCCUCUACAAAAGGAUUUAUAAAUUCCUUUUAUUAAGUAGAGUGAUUUUUCUCAUGAGUUUUCACCAUUCUUGAGACUGUGCUCACUCUCCUCCCAAGGCCGGUGGUCAAGCCUUCUUAGCUCUCCUCACUGAUCCCUGCUUAUCCUGGUCUUCCAACCACACCUGCUUUUCCCAAAGGUGAAUCCAGUAAGCAAUACUCACACAGCACCCACCCCAAGCACAGCAAAAUUUCCCUCCAGGGACUCAAAAGGAACAGAGGUGAACCCCGCCAGUAAGGAUGUGCAGACAGGUUGUGUACUAAGACCCAAAAUAGAAAUAAAAACAACUGCCAGUGACUGCAAUAGUCUCACUGCCUAGACCCAAGAACCAAGCAGUUUCUCCCUUUUUUUUGUACUUCCCCAUCAUAAAAGAUAGUUUCCAGCAUAGUGAGCUCACUUUCUCCAGGAUUAUUUCUGGAAAGAGGUCAGGUGUGGAAAGGGUGUAAAAAGAAGGUCAAACUCAUGAAAAGCGACUGGGCUUUAAGCUGGAUUUAACUGAUGGGGGAGGGGGAGACUUGCCAAUAAUGGCCACGAGGUGGCGCUCACCUCCUGACACCCCGUAGGAAAUUUUGGUGGGGAGAGAGCGGUGAUGGGUGGAAGGGCUGGUGUUGAGAACAGCGUGGCCCUCUGUCUACAUUUCCAGGACUUCCAAACCAGGACCCAGGAAAACUGACUGGCUGGUUUGAUUUAUAAAAGAAUAACAAUAACAAAAUGGCAGCAAGUUAAUGCAGAGGACACGUGCAUAAAUUUUUAAAUCCACCCUACUCCAGCUCCCCCACCACCGCCACCCCUGCCCUCCUCAUAAAGUAGUAAGACACCUAAUACCUGUUUCCUUCUCCUUGGGAACCAGCCAGCUCCCGGUUAUUUCAAAGACAGACCUAUGGAACCAAGGUUGCCAAUGAGCUCAAUGCCAAACCAACAAUCUUAAUCAGAUUUUUACUUUUAAAAGUCCCACAACAGAGCUGCAGAUUAAAGGACAAAAAAUCAACAUGGAAACUUUUCAAAAAUGUCUUUUAAAAGCAUCAGGUGAUAAAAGAGUUCAUGAGUUCCUCUUUGCCCCUUCCUCUGGAGAAAAGAACCUAUGAGAACACUGGGUGCACCAAGCUGAAAGGGUUGAAAUACAGUGGCUGGUGAUCUGCACUUGCAAAUAUUCCUGGGUCAUGAAAACAUUUUUCUUUUUUCUUUUUAAUCUCCACCCAGAAGUUCAGGAAAGGUGGAGCCGCUUACCCAGGAUAUGCACUUUUCUACUGCUUGCUUUCUUAUUGCCAGACUCACAUUCAGUCUAAUUCCUUUUCUUUCUCUCUGAGCAGCAGAGGGGUGGGGUGGGGGGGUGCAUCUCAUUGUCAACUCUUAAAACUUUGAUAAGGAGCCUCUGGAAGGUUCAACUUUCGGGUCACUUUUAAUAAUUUGAAAGAAGGGGAAUAAUUUGUAUUCACUUACUUCAAACUUGCCAAAGCUGCCAGAAGGGUCUUGGACCCUGAAAAGAAUGAGGUGGAUCUGUGAAGUAUGGGGGUCUGUCUCUCAUCCAGAUAGUGGGAGCGGCUUACUCAGCUCUGCCCAAGUUUCCCCAGUGGGCCAUUUAUAUCUAGGUAACAAAGGCAAAGACGUUCUAUCCUCUGAGGAAAGGUGAGUCACAGGGUUCUGGGUUGUGCCCUCAGCCUCUCUCUGGCUGUACUGCAGGGUCCUUUGACCACAUUCCUGAAGGUCUUUGGCUAAAUGCCUCCCCAAACCUUUGCUUCUUCCAUAACCCAGCAUAUGCUAUGUUUCUCUCAACAAUACUGGAGCAUUUUGAUACUACUAGGCCAAAUGAAAACUUUCAAAAGCAAGUAGGGAAAACAACUCUAGUAUGCUUUAGGAUGAUGUGUUGGUGGAGAUUUGGGUCCAGUUUGAAAACAAAAAUGGUUCUGCUUCAUUCUAAUUGUAUCCUUACUGGAUUUGUUUAUACCAGUUCUGUGUUCUUCAAGCUCUGAGAAACAGCUAGGAAGAAGGAAAAUUAAACGAAAAAUUAAAUUAAAAAGAAGUUGAUGGAUCAUUGGGAAUUAAAAGCAAGCCUUCUACAGAUGGCUGCACCCAAACAACUCAGAGACCAGGCAUUAGCAGCCAUGGAGAGGUACCGGCACUGGUUUCCCAAGUUCAGGCCUCCAACCUCCCACCAGAGCUCCUAUCAAUUCACCUGCUUUUCUUGAGGAGAAACUGAGGCACCAGAGUACUGUCACUGCACAGAAAACCAGAAGUAGAAGGGUUUCUGUUCUAGUUCAACUAAUUCUGCCUGGACCUCACUUUUUCUUCACCAAUAGUCACAAGCCUCAUUUGUCAUCACCAGCAUUCUGAUUAAUUUUUCAAGGUCGCCCCUUCCCUGAAAUAUGACUUCACUGCACCUGCAGCACCUCAUUGUCCUAAUGUCCUUGGCAAACUUACAGCUUUUGGACAGUGUUGUAUUUUCUCCAAAUGGGAAAUCCUCCCUCCUUCCCCAAGCUUAAUAAGGCUUUUGUAGCAUAUCCAAAUAGCCUGGUUCUUGUUCUGCAGAUAAACUUGGCCCCCUCUGAUAACUUAAUUAAACAGCUACUUCUUGUCUGGGCAGUAAGGCUUGGCUAGUACUAUAUUCCCAGUUCAGAAACAUUUAACUCUUUUCAGUCUUACAGAUUCAGAGUCCUAUAGAUUCUCCCAGGUACUGGGGUGCUCUCUGGUACUAGGGGUUCAGAUCAGGAAAAGCAAUCCUCUUUCUCUAAAAAACAAGUAGCACACUCAGGACUAGAGCGCCUAAACCAUGAGAGGGGUUUUGGGCCCAGAUACAUGGCCAGGAGGUGAAUGCACAAAUGAGAACUAUUAUUUUUUUCCCAUCACCAGUUUAGCAGCCCCUAAGGAGACCCUGUGUUACUCUUCAACAGCCUUUGAACAUAAUAUGCUCAACACUGCCUCCAACAGGCAAACAGGGGGAACAAACCUUCAGAGCCAGAGGGAACCCAGGACCAUCUAAUCCAAUCCUCUCAUUGUAUUUUCGCUCAAGGAAACUGAGGCCAAGAAAGGGUAGACAUCUUGCGCAGAGCCGCACAGCCAAUUAGCAACAGAACUGAGGUCAGGUCUGGUGUAGGCCUUUGAAUUGCCUCUCCCUAAAUGAGGACUAAAGAACAAAGAGAAAUAGUAUUUAUUACACACCUACUUUAUAACAGAUAAUGUGCUAAGGGCUUUAUAUUACUUUAUUAAAUCUUCACUACACUCAUGAGUCAGGGUUACCUAUUUUACAGAAGAGGAAAUGGAGGCACAGGAUGGUUACAUAACAUGCCCAAAGUCAUACAACGACUAAGUAGAAGCCAUACUCUGAACUUCCUUGUCUAAUUCUAAACCUUUUGAGAAACAUAUGUCUGUUCUGUUUAUUUAGCCAAGUGGCCACCAUCUUAUUUUACUGAUGUUCUCAUAAAGGGGCUUCUGAUGCCACUUCUUCUCUCCUCUGUAUUUUAAAAGAACAGAAUUCUUCCAUUAUUUUUACCACAGAUUCCAGGGAACCCUCAACCUCACCAUUGGGUGGAAUAAGAAAUAUCCUGGCAGCUCUCUCCUUUUCUUUUUUGGAGGGGAAGGAGAAUGUUCACAGUAGUUUAGGAGGAGAAGACAAGGACCAGGACACAAAUAUAAUCUCCCCUACCUACUCUUUUGGGAACAGAGCAGCAUAUUUCUUUUUCAACAUUCAAAGAAUGGGCUAUUCCAAAGUCAUUUUUGUCCAGCUGGCACAGGCAGAGUAGCCAGGAUUGAAGAGAGAGACGCCACAGAAUAAAGAUGCUACAGGUUCCUAGAGCAUCAGUUCUGCACCAGAACUUGGGAAGAAAGUGUUCCAUCAUUAAUAUAUUCAAACUAAUGCAGGCAGUACCAAAGCAGAAACCCCACGGUUUUUUAGACUGAAACCAGCAGGUCACAAACUGUUAGGGCUACAUCCCCCCAGACUCCCAGGGGUACAAACACCUUCCAGACUCCCAGGGGUCCCUUGUAGGAGCACAAAAAAAAUUUCAAUGGAAAUGUUUGAGGAAUGAGGCUAGAAGAAGGCAGGAGAGAAAUUAAUUUGAUUUAUCCCCUGGUAUCUUUUUCCCCACUCUUUACCCAGUGGGUGGGGAGGGCUCAGAGGAAAGUUGGCUACAAUCUCAGCUUUCUUUGCUACUUGGUACUUGGCAUUUUUAGCUGCUAGGCCAAAACUCCUAAAAUGAAGCCCUUACCCUUAACUGAAUGAUGUUUAUAUGUAAAGGAACAGAUCUCCUGAAGAGAGAAUACUGCUUUUUAAGGUCUCCUUUCAGUGUGGGGGCUGCCCAAGCAGCAGCAACACCAUAUGUUAGAUGUAGCGGACAUUGUGGUUCCUACAGAAAUAUCAGCCAACUAGGCACUCCUGUAUGAGGCUUUCCCACCCUCCCCGCUCUGAGGCCUAGACUCACACCAUGGUCCCACAGACUCAAGGUUCAGCACCUAUAUAAGUCUAUUCUGGUUAACACAUAGCCUCUUCCUUCCUAUCACCCAUACACGCACACGCACACACACACGCACACGCACACACACACACACGCACACACACUAAUUAUUCCAACCGCAAAUAUUCCCCAGGUCAUAGGAAUUCCCAGGUACCCUAAGCAAAGCCACUGUGAUGUUGAGGGGAUCAUUGUCUGGGGCUCUGGGCAGCUGACCCCCACCCUGGUGGUCUCUAGAUUGUUAUACUGAGAAAUCAUAAACACCAAGUCCUCCAAUCCCUCUGAAUUUGAGUUUUUUGUUUUAACCUUUAACAGCCUUUUCAGGUAAAAAAAUAACAAAGACCAAUUUACUGGCUUUGUAGCUACAAUGUGCUUGAAAAAGCGCUUCCUUAAAAGAAAGACUGGAAGGAAGAGAAAGAAGGAGGAUAUGGAGUGAAUACUCCUCGGCUGAUGCACACCCGAAUGAACUGAAAUCAAAAUAAACAUGCAGAGAAAGAGAGAGGAAAAACCAACUUCCCGGGUCCUCUCAUGGCACUGUAGCUCAAAGACUGAGAUCUCUGCUUGUUAACCAUUGUUAACUAGUAUUUAUAGUCCUGGUUGCUUUUAGCCUCUGUAUAGUUCUUUUUUUAAACACAUUUUCUAUACGUUAAUAAAACAUCCUGAAAGAA